UGUCCUUAAACUUGGUCUAGUCGAGCGCAUGCGUGUCGCGUAACACACGUCCGCACAUUGUUCUUAUUUCGAAACGCGAUCGAAAUUAAAAUCGAACGUUUUAUUUUUAAAUGUUUUAAAAUUUCGUAACGGAUUUUAAAAAAAGUUAAAAAUAUAAGUUCGUUAGUGUACUUUUUAUUAGAUUUUUGGUGUGAUUGCAGAAUAUGAUGUUUCUAGGAGUUUGAAUAACAAUAAAUAAGAACAAUGUCGCAGAUGUUCAGACUGGUGGUGGUGACCGCUUGCCUCCUCAUCGGUCAAGCACGAACUGCCACUUACGGACCGCGCGCCGACUAUGGAUAUCCAGCUGGUCUUAUUCCUGAUUGUCCCGGCACCCACAAGAACGCCAGCAUCAGUGCCCGCCACAUGAACAACCUCCAGAUUGCCAUCCACCGCGUGUCCAGCAGUGGGCAGGUCGUGAGGAGGGUCAUACCUCUGGAGACUGCGCCCAAAGUCAUUGUCAGGGAUAAACAUAUUGAUUUAAAGAACAAGAAGACGCUGGUGUACGCAGUGGGUUUCAUGGACAGUUCAGUGCUCCCGUUCUCCCAAGCGAUCGGCACCUCAUACUCCAAGCGAGGGUACAACGUGUUCAUUUCCGAAACACUGGCUUUCCUCACUUAUAUCUAUCCGAAAUCCGUCCGCCUAGUAAGAUUUAUCGGCAAGAAGAUGGGAGAAUUCCUUGUAAAACUAAACGAACUAGGCGUUGAACCAGCCAACCUAGAACUUGUAGGCACCAGCUUAGGAGCCCACGAACUUGGGUAUGCAGCGAAAUACUUCUUCAAAGCCACAGGGAAAAAAGUCUCAAGAUUAACAGGAUUAGACCCAGCAGGACCUUGUUUCAGAAGCUUGGGCCCAGAAGAUAAGCUAUGGAAAACUGACGCAGAAUUAGUCGAUGUUGUUCAUACAAAUAUAGACGGUUUUGGCAUAGCAGAAGCAUUAGGGCACAUUGAUAUUUAUGCGAAUGGAGGUGAAUUUCAACCUAGUGACAUCCCAUACAUACCCUGUCUAGUGAUUUGUAGUCAUGUUAGAUCUAUUAUCUACUGGUGGCAAGCUUUAGAACACCCUAAAAAGUUCAUAGCUGUCAAAUGCAAUACUGUUCAGGAAGCAAGGUUUGCUCAAUGUUUUAACAAUACCGAUACUAAUUACCUAGGUGUUGAGGCUCAAUUUGAUAAACCAGGUAUUUAUUAUUUGGCUACUAAUAAUGAGUUUCCUUAUUAUAGGGGUAAAGAAGGUUUGAAAGCAGAGAAUGAGAUUUAUACUUCUGUUGUUAGAAGAAUUAAUAGUGAUGAUGAGUUUGUUGUAUAGUUUGGGGGUUUUAAGGUUUAGAGUAAUGUGGACUGUGUGUGUUUAGUGAUAAAGUUUAUAAUUGAAGUGGUUUGGACGACUAAUGAACAUUGCACAGAAUAAUAAGCUUUGUUUAAAGUGUCGUAAAGUACAAAUAUGGAUGUAAAGGAGUGUUGUUAAUAAGUUUUUUAG